AUGGCUACAGACGCUCUCCAAGAUGUUCGUCCCAUGUUUGAGCUCCGCGGGCGAAACUACAUCGUCACCGGUGGAGCUCAAGGCAUUGGUUUCGCUUGCACGCGAGCUAUCUGCGAGAUGGGCGGCAAUGUCGCUGUGUUAGAUAUCCAGAAAGAACCUACUGCCGAGUUCAACACUUUGAGUGAGAAGUUCUCCGCCAAGACUGUUUACAUCCAAACGGAUGUUACGUCACAGGAGAGCAUCAAUACCGCUUUCGAUAAGGUGUUGAAGGAGUUUGAGACUAUUGACGGUGUUGUACCCGCUGCGGGUAUCGCUAUUGAUAAGCCGUUCCUGGAUCAGACUUGGGAGGAGUUUACCCGCAUUCAAGACAUCAAUGUCCGGGGAACGUUCUUCGUGGUUCAACUUGCGGCCCGUCAAAUGGUCAAGCAAGGCACAGGCGGAAGCAUGGUGCUCCUCGCCUCUCAAUCCGCACACAUCGGCCUUCCCGGCUACCGUAUGGCGGCAUACAACGCCUCCAAGGGCGGUAUCCUCAUGCUCUCCAAAGCCUUGGCCGUUGAGCUAGCACCAAAGGGUAUCAGAGUCAACACAAUCUCCCCAGGAUUCGUGGACUCUGAGAUGACGAGGACUGUCCGUGAGCUUAAGAGUAAGAGGGAGGGAGAGCAGAUGUGGUUGGCGCCUCCUAACCAGAGAUUGAGUACACAGAAUGAUCUUACGGGAGCGGUUAUUUACCUGUUGAGUGAUGCGGCGAGACAUACUACUGCGGCGGAUAUUCCCAUUACUGGUGGAUUACAUGCUGGUACUAUUGAUGGUCUGAUUAGUUAUGAGAACAACUAG